AGUAAUUAAUUCACGUCUUACUACUCGUCUCUACUCUUUACGGCUUGAUCAGGAGUGAAGACAUCAAAAUGUUUAAAAGUGGUUUUAUAAAACUCAACAAAACCGAACCGCCUAAAGAAAAAGCAACGAAAACAUCCAAUGAUAGGGGUGUUGUGUAUCUUGGGCAUGUCCCCCACGGUUUUUACGAAAAUGAAAUGAAGCAUUAUUUUGCACAAUUUGGCGAAGUCACAAACAUUAACAUUCCUAAAAGCAAGAAAACAGGCAAAGCACGAGGAUACGCAUUUGUUGAGUUUUUGUACCCAGAAGUUGCCAAGGUAGUUGCAGAAACCAUGAACAACUAUUUAAUGCAUAAAAAAAUUCUUGUUGCUAAAUACCUCGAACCAAACCAAGUAAAAAGUAACACAUUUUGGCGUUGCAACAAAAACAAUAUUCCUCUAACAAUAAAAAAUAGGUCGAUUCAAAGAAAAGCAAUGGAUAGACAAUUAGAUCCUGCACAAGAAAAACAAAGUAAGGCUGCAUUAAAAAGACGAAUCCAAUCUUUACAAAAGAAAUUGAAAAGCAAAGGAAUUGAAUAUGAAGUACAAAUAGCAGUAUAGAACACCCGACUGAUGCUACAAAGAGGAAAACCAUUUUGAAAAAAAAUACAAUGCAGAAUCAAUAAUUUAAAGAAGACCACAUCUUUAGUUCGAAUAAAAAUAAUGUUAAACAACUAUUAUAUAUAUAUAUUUCUUGUACAUAAAGAUGUUUUAUAUAAUAUAAAAUGAUUCAUGUUUAUAAAAUACAAUACAUAUGAAUACACACUCCUAUUGUCCUAUCUUUAAAAUGUAUCCAAUAAAAGUACCUACCCACCAUUCAAAAUAGUUACUUUUAUAAAUAAAUAUUUCUACACCUAGUCUACAGUCAAAUUUAAGUCUUAUCGAGGGGUAUGUGACUAAAGCUGAUUGGGAACCACAUUGUUGGAUGGUUCGCAGCAUAAAAAAUGACAUUAUUUUAGAGGCGGUUGUAAAACCAUAGUCACAGUUAUAAUAUUUGGAAGACUGUCCUAACACCAUUUACCAAUCUUUAGAAACCGUAUUAAAUUUUAUAUUUUAUAAUUAUUGUCGAAACAGAAGUUGAAUAAAUGAAUAUAAUUAUUAA